AUGAUCAAUGUAUCUCAAUAGGCUCAGGCCUGGUUUGUAACAAGUAUAUUCAUAGUACAACUUCUCAGAGUAUUCAAGAGUAAUGAAAGAGUUGGUUUAGAAUUUAUCUUCAAAACGGUUUCUGUCCGUUGGGAAUUGCCCUAUUUAGGUGUGAAGUAUAGAAUCGGAGAUGGGAUCAGACAACAACAUAAAAGUUGAUCUCAAUGACACUGUAACUAUACACUAUACAGUAUCUACAUACUAUAACGCCCCAAUGUAAUGAUGCAUUAUACUGUAUCUCUAGAGUAUAGGAAUUGGAACAAACAUGAUUAUAAUGUAACUAAUAUUAUUUCAUUCAUAUUUGAAACUACAAAACGUACACUUGUCAUUAUCACGGUUCCCCAUUAGGAUCUGUUUCUGGAAAUACCUAUUUGGAUAAAAUGCAGAAAUGACUUAUUUCACCUUUAUUUUAAAAGGGAGUCAUACUGAGAUCAAGGUCUCUUUUACAGAUGAGCCCUGAAUUACAGAAAUGACAGAAAAUACACAUCAAAAUAUAAAUACAAAAUGCAAGCAGAAGUUGAUAACCUGAUAUGGUGCAAUACCCAGAUCGUAAUGUUGUCUUUAAAUGUGGUAUUUAGGAGCAUACAGCGUGUGGGCAUUUCUGUUAUUUUCACGUAUGUAUUAUCAGUGUAGCGCCUUCGUUUUUUAAGGAUGCAUGACCACACACAUAAAACCAUAAGAUGUUAUUCAUAUUUGGAUAGGCCUAUUGUUCAAGUCAUUUACAUCAUGCCAAGGGGAUAAAUGUAACUUUUUAUAUUUGCUAUAAUACUGUUUUUUAAUGUCACAAUACAUGAAUUCUUAUCUAACACCACCCCCAUUCAAUCCAAACAGCACAAUAAACCAAUGAACUCUUAUUAUGUUCACGUCUUGGGCUUGACUGGAGAAAGGUGUUCAAUUCCCAGCUACCUCCACUCAACAAUGAGCCCCAAGGUGCAAUCAAGAAAAGGCUUAGAAAUGGAGAUAAUGGAGGACACGAUGUUUUGUCAUGGACGAGGUCAGUCUCUGUCUUGUGUUGUGGGAUACACCAUUUCAUAUGCAUGAUGGGACAUAACAAAGCAAAAUAAAAGGGCAUGGUACCAUUAUAAAAGGCGAGAGGAGAACCCUGGAACCACCAGUUGGAGAUACCAGAAGGCUGUGCAGUGAAGGAUUGUGGCCGUUGGUGAGUAGCAAAACGUAGUUUUUUUGGUGCAUGUUUUAUGUAAAACAUUUAUGUUUACCUUUUUAAGUCCAUGGUUACUUACAUGGGGUCAAAAGCUACAUCUACUCAAAGAUAUGUGAUUGGUUUGUUAAAAUCAAUGACCUUAUUACAUGAAUUCUAUCUGUCAAGUUAUUGAAUUUUACAUGUGAAAUUUUGUUUAAACUACACUGAAUACUUUUCUAAGGGAAAAGAGCAAGUUUGAAGAGUUACAGGAUGUCGUCUUCAAUCAUCUCAGUGGUCCUAACACGGGAUGGGAUGUAUCUCAUGUAAAAAUCACAUAAUUGAGGAUAUCAGAAACAUACUUUGAUCUCUCAGAAGCUGUGCGGGAUUUUGUCUUGAGAUAAAACAAUCCCUAGGACAUCUAUGUAGGCUAGAAACACUGCUAUGUCAUUAUUGGGGAGUUCUCUAAUAAAAUGAUAUGUGUUUCCAUGUUUCAAGUGAAGUUAACAUGGAACAGUUGACAUGGUCUGCAGUGCUGCUCCUACUGGCUCUCUCAGUCAGAGAGACAUUUACACAGAGAAUCAUCGGAGGACAAGAAGUCGAACGGUAUUCUAUCAAGUACCAGGCAUCUAUACAGUAUAACAGGAACCACUACUGUGGAGCCACCCUCAUUCGGCCACAGUGGGUGGUGUCUGCUGCCCACUGCUGGAGACCGGCCCAGCUGAUCCAGGUGGUUUUGAGUGAGCACAGUCUGGUCGAGGAAGAGGGCUUCGAGCAAGUGUUCAACAUCUCCAAGAUCUUGGUCCACUAUAGCUACAACUACAAGACCUUCAACAACGACAUCAUGCUCAUCAAGCUCAGUGAGCCAGCCAAGCUCAAUGCCUACGUUCAGCCUGCCCCACUGCCAGAAGACGACACCCCUGCUCUCCCAGGGUACACCACCUGUACGGUGAGCGGCUGGGGUGUCACACGUAUCUACAGCUACUUCCUGUCCCCUGUGCUGCGUGCUGUGGAUGUGCAGACCAUUCCAUACUGCCACCAGUACUACUACUGGAGGAUCACAGACAACAUGAUGUGCGCUGGGUCUCGCUUUGGUGGCAAGGACUCCUGUCAGGGCGACUCGGGCGGACCCCUUAUCUGCAAUGGAAACUUGGAAGGCAUCGUUUCAUGGGGAAUCAGCUGUGCCAACCCUUACUUCCCAGGAGUCUACACUCAAGUCAGAAUGUAUGUCCGAUGGAUCGACUGGAUCAUCAACAGUGACAACCCCAACAACUGAAUCAAGACCAAUGUCCAGGAAGGGUAGCGCACACAGGGAAGAGAACAGUUCCACAAUGAAUUGAAUAGAAGGAUAUAAAUCACCAUGAGGUAAAAUAAAAUACUACACUAUUCCACUCCUGCUUGUCACAGUUUUAAACCAUAUGAACAAGAGCAGUGGCUGUGGCAUCACAUUAGCUGUGAGUAGAGGGCCAACAUAGAGGCAAUAUUAGGGGAAGUAGCACAGAGAUCCUACAGUAUGUCAUUCUGUGUGGAAUAGCAAUAAACCACAAUUUUCUCAUUAACUUAGUUAGCUUUGGACACUGACUAAAUUAUGUCUUUACAGAUAUCAGAUUUAAGCAUUGAGGUUCUGAGGUCGUAAGAAUCUGAUGAUUAUUAACCUUGUAUUAAACCUACAAACAUGAUUGACAGUUCGACUUUGUUAUUCUGUUGUGAAGAGAGAAAAAAUGCUGUAUAAACUGUUAAGACUCUUGCUUGAAAUGUACUGAUUCAUGUUACCAUACUAGAACGCAUUAAUUACUUUACAUGUAUAAGGUAUGUAUAUUUUGGGGUCAAUGAAAAGUGGAUGGGAAGUAGGAAUAUGGAAAGACAAUGUAGAAGCUUCAUAUUCUGUUCCAUGUUUCUGAGGAGAGAGGUGAAACGCAAUUGUUAGUCUCUGAUAAGGCAGGCCAGCUGCGGAACUAGGGAGGAGUGAGGAAUGCGUCUCGAGGUCAAAUCAACAGAUGAAGUGAGAAGAAACCUCUGGGAGGGGGGCCAGAGUGGCCCAUCACAACGCCAUUCCUACUGUAGUACUUUUUACAUGUAUUUUACCUUUAUUUAACUAGGCAAGUCAGUUUUAAGAACAAAUUAUUAUUUACAAUGAUGGCCUACCUUGUUCAAGGGCAGAACAACAGACUUUUACCUUGUCAACUCUGGGAUUCAAUCCAGCAACCUUUCGGUUACUGGCCCAACGCUCUAACCACUAGGCUACCUGCCG